GGAGGGGAACAGCUGACGUCUGUCACCGGAUUCAGUCCUUGUUCCUACCAACUAGGCUGAAUGGGUUGGUUGCCCGCUCGAGCCGUAGUAUUCUGAAACCGACAUGGAAUGUUGACAUUUGCUGGUUUUAAAACCAAAAGGAAAAUUAAUUAAUUAAUCAACGAAGACCAUUUGCACUGGGAACCCGAUAAAAAUGAUGAAUACUAGAGAAAAGGCACUGAGUGGGGUCAUCUAUGCGUUUCAUGCUGCUGUUCAGUCGGCAGGGGAAGCUGCGUCUCCAGAAGUGGUACACUGCCACGGCCGAGCGGGACAAGAAGAAGAUGGUCCGGGAGCUCAUGCAGGUGGUGCUGGCUCGCAAGCCCAAGAUGUGCAGCUUCCUGGAGUGGCGGGACCUCAAGAUUGUCUACAAGAGGUAUGCCAGUUUGUAUUUCUGCUGUGCGGUGGAGGAGCAGGAUAAUGAACUAAUCACUCUGGAGGUCAUCCACCGCUUCGUAGAGCUUCUGGAUAAAUACUUUGGCAGCGUUUGUGAGCUGGAUAUAAUUUUUAACUUUGAGAAGGCCUACUUCAUCCUGGAUGAGUUUCUGAUGGGAGGGGAAAUCCAGGACACGUCGAAGAAGAGUGUUCUGAAGGCCAUCGAACAGGCAGACUUAUUACAGGAGGAGGACGAGUCUCCCAGAAGUGUUCUCGAGGAGAUGGGUCUGGCAUAAUGACGGCACGGGACUCUGAUCGCUGCACUUUUUACCCAACAGCUAACAGAGAUGGAGAGAGGAUUUUGGGUUCCAGGUGCAACCGGGAGGAGUUCGAUAUGUCUGUUGCGAGGGGUUUUAGGUGUGGGGGAGGACUGCGUCUCUAUUGGCUCCCUAUUCAAUAUGAAGUACUCUGGGGCUAGAAAGUGCCCUUUAUAUUAAAAAGAAAAUACAAACAAAAGGUGAAAUAGGGUGCCCGUUGACAUUCCCACUUUGAGUAGUACUGCUGAGUUUUGACGUCUGACAUUGUUGUAUAUUAUCUAUGAUGUGGAUCCUCGCCCUAUGUAAAUCAACUGUGUGUAAUCAAUGCCACUUUUGGCCAGAAGAUUUAGCUACUGUCGUUAUGUGACCGAGAAUUUGGGUUCAAAUUCUAUCAUGGAAACCAUUCACUUCUAGAGUUUGCUUUACCCUGCAAGGAGACAAUUCUGUUGGCACCCUCCUUCUAGGAAGUUCUGCUUUUAGUGUUUAGUCUGAUAGAAAUGGUAUUUGAACCCAGCUCUGAUUGGACCUUUCCUUGAAGAGGGGAGAUGGGUCCAAAAACAUUUGAACCAUUAUUAUUUUUUUUUUAUUAGCGUCACAAAUUUUGAGACGCAUGUAGAGUUGCUUUUAAAUGAAUGGCUUUUAAAAGGUUUUCCAUAUGGGCUAUAUGCUAUGAGAUUAAUAAUUGAAUCCGUUUGCUGUUUUUAUUGUUUUUAAGGGACCACAUUGAUUGUCUGCCUUGGUGAGUUCAGUUGAACCUGUAGUAGAAUCAGUUCUAUGGAUAGAAAGAGUUAACAACAUAUUGUGUACAGUGCCCAUUGUUUAUCUGAAGAUGGUUUCUUCUCAAAAUUCCAGUUCCAUAUCAUUUAAAAUUAUAUUUCUGCAUUCUAUUCUGGAACACACACAAACACUCUUGUUCUCCUUCUCACUCUUUUGCUCUCUCUCUAUGCUAACAUGAAUGUCUAUGUUUAAAGGGCUUAAUCUGAUAGUAUGCAAUGUGAUAAUGAUUGAAAUUAGUCCAAACUAACCAUGGGCAAGAAAAAGGCAGCAGACAGAGAAUGGAAGGUAGAGUUUAGGGUAGUUUUUGAGCUGCAAUGCAAAACAAAAGGUAAAACAAACAAUUUAAUAUACAUGUGAAUUUUUUAGUUCAAAUAAUGGACCUACCAUUCUUAUAACAACUCACUUUAAAUUCAGUACUGUACAACAUGGCUGACAUACUCCUAUGAAAUACAUACUUUCCAAAGAAUACAAUUUUUUGUUUGUUUGCAACAAAAGGGAAGGAACCAAUAGGAAUGAACUACUGCUAAUUGACUGCAGAAAUGUUUUCUUCUCAUCUGUCUUUAGCCUUUGCUUUUAAUAACCUAGUUUCUCAUGGUUCGCGCUAGCAUAGUACUUGCUAUUGUGCGUUCCCAAUGAAUUGCUUCCCUCCAAGUAUCAAUACAUAGGCUACGUUCCGAUAUCCACACUAGCAUAUCAUUUAGGUGUUGUUCCAAAGAAACCCAUUUCUUAUUUAGUACCUAUAGACCCUGAUUGUCAGUAAUGCACUAAAUAGGAAAUUGGGUCAUUGGGGCAUUGUCUUUGAAUGCAUGGCCUAUAUAUCCCUUCAAUCAAAGUCACAUAGCUGUAUGGUCAGAGGGGCAAGAGUUAGUGCUUCAGUUUUGCUAGUGUGAAUUAUUGGAUCUCAACCAAAACAAAGAAUCAGAAGAUAUUUUGGAUAACUUUUUCAGGGACUGUGUGUCUGUGUGUGUGUGGGGGGUGGUUAUUCAUUUAGGAUCUAGCAUGAGGGGUGGGUGGCAUGGAAUAAAUAACUGCUGAACUUCGUUCCAGUUAUGGCAUCCAUAUUGCAUUUCUAGUACACUGACUUUGAAGGGGAUCUGAUCCAAAGCGGUGCGCUCUAAUAGGGAAAGUGUCAUUUUGGAUGCAGACAGGUUAUCAAACGGAUUUGUGUGAAUGUAACUUUAUAAUGAAAAUAAAAUGCAAUUUUAAAGUAC